AUGUAUAACCCCAAGUGUGACCUGGAGCGGUUGAAGCUGAUUCUGCUGUGCAACUUUCGCUACAUGUGGCAGUCGGCGCGGCUGCGCGGCACCCGGCACCUUCAGAGGGUGGUGUCUGCCACCCGGUACCGCUUCCUGGACUGGGAGACGGAGCUGGUCCACCACGCGCUGCAGAAAACUAUAGGCCUGAGCGGCGAUUGGCGCGAUCAGCUGGCGCCGCAGCUGCUGGUGUGGCUCCACCACUGUUCUGGCUCGGUCGGGUCACCUCUGAGUCACCUGCUGGGCUCUGUGGUCGACUGGUGCGUGAGACAGACCAGGCCACUACUGGUGCCGGCCACUGUCUGGAUACGCACCAGUCUGCCCGACACAGUCUGGGACCUGCCACUGCCAGAAGCGGUACAGCUGUACUCUCCGGCACCGGACGGGGUACACGUGUACGUGGCCUGUGGCGGUCGCUGCUUUCACCUCUGGAGACUGCUGACAUCAAAACUGGUGCACACGUACAGAGGUCACACGGGUGACGUGACCUGUGUGUACCCGUCCCCGGACGGACGAUACGUGGUCUCUGGUGCCGAGGACUGUCUGGUGAUGGUGUGGAGCGCCACCAGUCACCAGCCGCUCAUCACCAUCGACCGCCACAUCGCCUGCGUGCUGUGCGUGGCCGUGACAUCACUGGCCCGGCACGGUGACGUGGUGGUCAGCGGCGGAGAGGACAGCUGUCUGUACGUCACCCGGCUGCCGGGCGCCGAAGGUGGCAGCAGUGAGCCCCACCAGCUGUCGCAGCACAGAGGACCGGUCACCUGUCUUCAGGUCAACGCCGAGGCAGAGGUCCUGGCCUCAGGCUCCCACGACAAGACAGUGAUCCUGUGGUCGCUGGAGUCUCUAACCGUGCUGAAUGAGAUCAUCAUGCCGUCGGCUGUCAGCCAUAUGUCCGUCUCGGGCGGAGCGACGUUUCUGCUUACCGCCUGUCUGGAUAUGACGGUUUAUGUGCACAGCUUUACCACUGGCAGUCCGUUACAUACGCUGAAAAACCACCAGAGUCAGGUGACCUCAGUGACGUCAUCUGAGGACGGUAACCUGUGCGUGGUCGGCUGCCGCGACUCCAAGGUGUACGUGUACGACAUACCGUCCUCCAAGCUGCUGAAGACGCUCACCAAGCACGGCAGUCCGGUACUGGCUGCUCUGUUCACAUCGCACGGCAGGCUGCUCAUCACGGCAGGCGACCGCCGGGUACUGGUAACCCACGUCCAGCCGCUGACCGUGAAGCCGAGGGUGUACCUGUCCGACCGGAAAAAGAUACCCGUGGAACAUACCGCCGACAUCACCUGUCUGGAUAUAUCGGCCGACCAGAGCAUGGUCGUCACGGGUUCCAGCGACUCGCACCUCAAGGUGUGGCUGGUGCCCUCUGGUGACCUGCACGCCACCCUGGAGGGUCACACGGGGGCCGUGACCUGUGUCCAGUUCGCCCCGAACGGACUGUAUGCAGUCAGCGGCUCACGAGAUAGCUCCAUACGCGUCUGGGGACUGACUCUCAAUAUGGUGGUGUCCGCGUUCACGGACCACCAGGCGCCGGUGGUGUGUCUCAGUGUGUUAUCGGACAGCAAACAGACACUGUCUGCGGACAGCGACGGAGUUCUGAUGCUGUGGCAGGUGGAGACGGGUAUCGUGCUGCUGACCUGUCACGGUCCGGGUCAUAUGAUCCGAGUCACUCCGGACCGCAGUCACGCCGUCUCCGGCAGCAGCGAGGGCAGUCAGCUCUAUGUGUGGACGCUGAGCAAGGAGCACACCAAAUACACCAUUAGCCACAAUGACGCCAUACGCUGUUUUGACGUCAGCAGUGACAGUCUACACGUCAUCACGGGCUCCAAUGACGCCUCGCUGAAGGUGUGGACCAUCGCAGAGGGACGGCUCACCCAGGUGCUGGUGGGCCACGAGGCAGCGGUGACCUGCGUUGCCUACCCUGCCUAUGUUAGUCACACGGCCGCGUCAGGCGGAGACGACUGCCUAGUCAUGGCCUGGGACGUAGGCACAGGUCAGACCCGUCAGGUGAUUCGGGACCACACGGCACCAGUGACAGCAGUCAGCAUGACGGCGGACGCCGGGAUGAUUAUAUCAGGUUCCGUGACGGGCUGGGUGUACGUCCACAAGACGGUCUCUGGCUACUGCGUGACGUCCAUUGCUCUCCACAAGGCCGUGGCGGGCCUCUGUAUCUCCGCAGACGCCGGCAAAAUUGUCGCCAGGCUGCAGAAUAGCAUGUACUUUGCCCUGCUGAGUUUCCUCAACGUACCUCCGCUGGCUCCGCGGGCCCGGCCAAGAGCCGUGGUUCAGCCAAUCACAGAGGGCCGACGGGGCGCCGAGGCCACCGCUUCCCCGGCCGCCAGCCGCCGGCCGCCGCCGCACCGGCGCGCACUCAAAAAGGGCAUCUCCCUGGACACUUACACCUGGCAGAGAAAGUACGGCGGACUGCUCAGCAAAAUGGCGCCACUGUCUCCGGUGAAUGGGGAGAAACCCAGGAGGAAAAUUGGGGAGGAGGAGGUACGAAUGUGUCCCGAAGGAGGCACCAUUCACCCCAGUCAGAUGCCCGCCGGUGUGUCCCGUCGGACCGACUCCCGUGAGCAGCUGGCGGCGCCCCCAGCACCGGAGAACGGCUCGUCCCGCGUGGCGCCGCCGCCGCCGCCCGUAUCAACGCCCAAAAAGCGGGAGCUGAACCGCACCAGUACCGCUCUGGUUCUCACAAUGCCCCGUCGCGCCGAGGAGCCGGCCGGCGGCGCGGGGCCCUCCUCGGCCGUGCCCGAGUCUCUACUGCGACUGCGGAGAUCCACCGCAGGCUGUGGGCCCACAGCUGACGCCCUCCGUGACCUGAUGCAGCUUCUGCAGAGGCCCGGAGGCCAGCAGGGCAGCACGUCCAAGUUCUGCAGCAUCCUGUGACAGCGACUGGAGCAGCGAGGAGUGGCGGAGGAGGAGCUGAGGGAAGCGGAGGAGAUUGAAGAGGAGUAGCAAUAGUGGAUGGGUGUGGGGAGUUGUGGUGAGCCGUGAGGUAGCGCGGGACUAGUGCCUGAAUCCCACGCCGGCUAAUGGGGCAGAGAGAGGUGUGUUUUGGUGGGUUGGGUGUUGCGAUUUCUGCGGAAAGGGAACUAAUAACACUGGAGAAUUUGCGUGUCGGUAUUUGAGGAAGAACACUCUGUUCUUUUCACAGCUAUAGUUUGACAGUCGCCGCUGCUGUCAAAGUUUGGAAUUGAUUCUAGUCAAAUGAUACACAUAACUUACGAUGAAAAAUCUUACGUGAGCCAUAUGGAUGAAAACGCAAAACUAGCUCGUCAACUAUGUCUGCGUGAUGCGUCGUUACUUUUAUUUGAACUUAGUUGCUCCUUGACUGCGUAUGCCAUCGUUUUAUUGUGACAUGUUUUACAAAGCUAAGUAGCUCUCUUACGUCGUGCAAUAAUAUCAAUGUGUAAUGUUGUAAUUGAUAUUAGCAGUCAUUUUCGGAGCUGCUUUGU